CACCAGCUCAUCAAAGUGGUCCAAGUUCCGUGUGUGCGAACUGCAUCGGUGCUAUUUGAAGUCGUACGUCGCCUGGCUCUCAGAAGUCCUGACAGUGAGGUUCAGCACACAGGAUACCUGUGGAUCUGACUAGGUCAUGGCCAAUCGAGGAGGAGCUACAAGACCCAAUGGACCAAAUGCAGGGAAUAAGAUCUGUCAGUUUAAGCUGGUGCUGUUGGGGGAAUCAGCUGUGGGGAAGUCUAGCUUGGUACUUCGCUUCGUCAAAGGCCAGUUCCAUGAAUUCCAGGAAAGCACAAUAGGAGCGGCCUUCCUUACCCAAACAGUGUGUCUUGAUGACACAACAGUGAAGUUUGAAAUCUGGGACACUGCAGGCCAGGAGCGUUAUCACAGUUUGGCACCAAUGUAUUACAGAGGAGCACAAGCUGCCAUUGUGGUCUACGACAUCACAAAUGAGGAGUCCUUUGCACGGGCAAAGAACUGGGUGAAGGAGCUACAACGACAAGCUAGCCCUAAUAUAGUCAUCGCUUUGUCAGGAAACAAAGCUGACCUGGCCAGCAAAAGAGCUGUGGACUUCCAGGAUGCCCAGUCCUACGCAGAUGACAACAGCUUACUUUUCAUGGAGACAUCAGCCAAGACAUCUAUGAAUGUGAAUGAGAUAUUUAUGGCCAUUGCAAAGAUAUUGCCAAAAAUGACCUCAGACUGCGGGAGCAAACACUGGUACGCAGCCGGAGUGGACCUGACGGAAACUGCCCAGCCAGCCAAGGCUCCAUGCGGCAGUAACUAA